CAAUCUGUUCUAAUCUACACGCUCUUUAUAGUUUGUCAUUAUGAUUAUAUCAAAAAAUACGGGCGCCGGCGUUGACACUUGUUUAGUUUAUUUACGGCUUUGUGACUAAGUGAUAUAACUACCAAACAUGGUCCUCACACUGUAUAAAUGCGACGUAAGCGCUCCUGCCAGGUCUGUCCUAAUGGUGAUCGAACACUUGAAGCUGCCAGUACAAUUUGUUGACGUGAACUUCAUGAAGGGAGAGCAAUUUACAGAGAAUAUGAGCCAAUGGUUCUUUUGUAAAAUGGUAUUAACAUCUACUUCUUAUAUUCAGAUCAAUCCACAACACACUGUGCCUACAUUGAUAGAUGAUGACUUCAUCCUUGGAGACAGUCAUGCUAUUUCGAUGUAUUUAAUAAACAAAUACGCGAAGGAUGACUCUCUCUACCCCACUGAACCUAAACAAAGAGCAAUUGUAGACCAACGUCUGCACUUUGACAGUGGUAUCUUGUUUCCAGUAUUGAAAUAUGGUUUCAGUCAAGUUGUCUUCCAAGGGGGUAAAAAACUGACCGAUGAUGCAGUAGAAAAGAUCAUAUCUGCGUACGAGCUCACAGACCAAUUUGCAACCAAAUCCUGGUUGGCAGGAGAACAGUUCACAGUUGCUGAUAUCUCCUGCGUGGCAUGUAUCAGCAGCUUGAACGAAUUAAUUCCUAUUGAUGCUAAGAAGUAUCCUCACCUGUAUGCCUGGUUGAAACGUUGUUCAGAGUUGGAUAUUUACAAGAAAAAGAAUGCUCCUGGAAACAAUGAAUUGAGAGAAGUGUACAGAAGCAAAGUUGCACAAGAAAUAAUAUUUUAAAUAAAUUAUACCUAUUA